UCAGAGAACCCAGACUCUGCUCCGUCAUGGGAAAGCGUGUCGGUGGAAUUGAGUAGGUCUUCGAAGUAUUCUCCCCACCGGCUCACAACGUCCCGAGUCGAGGUCAGCAGCGCCCCAUCCCCUCUAUACACAGUGUUGAUGGUGCACUACUUCCCCCUCCAGAGAUGCCGGAUGGUGGACCAGAAUUUCUUCAAAGCCGUCCGGAAGUCUUUCUCCGUGGCCUCACCGAACUUCUCCCAUGCCCGAGUUUUUGCUUCAGCGACCACCAAAGCUGCAUUCGCUUGGCCAGCCGGUACCCAUCAGCUGCCUCAUGAGUCCCACAGGCCAAAAAGGCUCGACAGGAAUCCUUCUUCAGCUUGACGGCAUCCUUCACCGUUGGUGUCCACCAACGGAAACAAAAAGUUAAGGACUUGAUGUACCCCACCAUUGCUGAGGAGAAGGCCAGACAUAAGAAGAAGCGUCAGGUGCAGUCUCCUAAUAGCUACUUCAUGGAUGUCAAAUGCAUGGGCUGCUACAAGAUCGCCACCAUCUACAGCCAUGCCCAGACAGUGGUGCCCUGUGUUGGCUGCUCAAUAAUCCUCUGCAGGCCCCGUGGAGGGAAAUGCAAACUAACUACAGGAUGUGCCUUCAGGAGGAAGUAUUAGUGAGCGGAAAUGUGGGAGCACACACCCUGACUGGCAGGAUCACAAACCAAAAUGAGUGUCUCAUCGGCUACAGAGGGACUGGUCUGACAACUUUAGUCCACGAGACCUUCUCAUUCAAUGAAGUUGUGAUUUAAUAAAUGAGACAUAAAAAAUAGAAAUCAACACCAGAUUUGUCAUCUAUUGUAAAGAUGUAGGUGUUUGAAAAUACCUUAU